AUGGCCGCUGUCGAACGAGUCAAGGGUAAUGUUAUGGAUCUGCAGGCCGAGCAGGGCAUGAAGUUGCUGCAGGCUACAGUCGCAACCGGCGCAGAGUAUGACACAGCCGGCGCGGAGGCGUACAGGAAAGAGGUGGAGGCGAAGGUUGCCAAGCUGGAGAUGGAAGCCACCCAGCUGACAGGCAAAGACAACAAGAAGGAGAGGUCCGCCAAAGGCAAGGAGGUCGCAGAUUUGAAGAACGAGCACAAAUAUGUAGAUGCCUGCAAGGUAGUCAAGGGGCUCGAGCCUAAGUUCGGGCACUUCAUUACCAAGGAGGCAGAGCUUCCGAAGAUCGAUUUGCCAGAGACCGUUCAGGAGGCAGCCCCAGAGAAAGCCAAGAAGGAGCACAAGAAGAAGGAGAAGGCAGAGAGCGCAGGGCUGAGCCCUGAUGAGCUGAAGGAGCUGGAGAACUUGAAGCAGCAGAUCGUUGAGGAGAAGGCGAUCCUGAAAGAGCAGGGCAUGAGCGGUGGCCAGAUCAACAAAAACGAGAAGAUCGUGGCGAUGGUCAAUCGCCUGAACGAGCUGAAGGAGAAGCAGGACCCCGGCAGUUCCAAGAAGGAGAAGGACGCUAAAAAGGACUCCAAGAAGAAGACUCCGCUGAGUGCAGAAGAGCAAAAGGAGUUUGCACAGCUCCAGGGCGACAUUGAGGUGUAUAAGGCCAAGCUCCGUACUGAGUUCGGCUACAGCAACAAGGAGAUGAAGGCAGAUCCCGAUCUCAAGGACAUGGAGGCCCGCCUCGCUGCCUUCGAGAAACGCAGCUGA